ACGUAGGAGGCCGGGCCAAGCCAGCUCCUCCAUGCGAUAGGGCGUUUGUUUUGGGAGAUGUGAUGACGCGAAAGCGUCUGGACAAGUGACCGCAGAAGAGCACUUCCUGGUUGGAUGCGGGCGGGGGGAAUGGCUGACAUCCCUGUAAAUCCUGGGAUUACUCCCGCCGGACCGAGAAUGGGACCCGGUCCGGCUGAAGGCGCGGACGCUCUUUUCGUAGCACUGAGCGCUGGUUUCACGGUGCUCAGCCACCCGCUGCUCUACGUGAAGCUUCUGGUGCAGGUUGGACAUGAGCCCCUACCUCCAACUAUUGGGAGAAAUUUACUGGGGAGGAAAGUAUUUUACUUCCCUGGAUUUUUUACAUAUGCCAGGCAUAUUGUGGAAGUGGAUGGGAAAAUGGGUCUUUUCCGUGGUCUUUCUCCUCGUAUUAUCACUAGCGUUUUAUCUACCAUAAACCGAGAACAAAUGAAGAAGGCCUUCCCUCUAGAAGAUCUGGAGCAUGUUUCCAAUAAAGAUGAUAUGAAAACAUCUCUCAGGAAAGUGACAAAAGAGACUUGCCAUGAGAUGACGAUGCAAUGUGUAUCCCGAAUUAUUUCUCAUCCACUUCAUGUAAUAUCUAUGCGCUGUAUGGUCCAGUUCGUAGGACGAGAAGUAAAGUACAGCAAUAUUAUUAGCUCAGUCAAGACAAUUUGGAAAGAAGAAGGACUCUUGGGAUUCUUUGUAGGUUUAGUUCCUCAUGUCCUAGGUGACCUUAUUUUUCUGUGGUGUUGCAACCUUCUGGCUCAUUUUAUCAACACUUAUGCUGUGGAUGACAAUUUCAACCAAGCUUCUGUCAUUCGGAGCUACACUAAGUUUGUGAUGGGGAUUGCGGUGAGCAUGUUGACAUACCCUUUUCUUCUUGUGGGUGAUCUCAUGGCAGUGAACAACUGUGGGUUACUUGCUGGGCUCUCUCCAUAUGCCCCUGUGUUUUCUUCUUGGAUUCAUUGUUGGAGACACCUUAGUGCUCAGGGGCAACUCUUCAGAGGUUCCAGCCUACUUUUUCGUAGAGCAUCCACACCAGCAACUUUUUUCAUUGACUAAUUUCAUUUGGGAGAAAGAAGCAAACUUAGAUCCUUGUAGAAGAAACUCUAAAGCAGCUUGUUUUUACCGUUCUGUUUCAUUUGUAAAAUGAAAGGCUUUCAGCAGUGAGAACAACUCAUUUCAAUAAGCUUGACAACAAAAAGUUCAGAUAUUUCUGGCCAGAUCUUGCCUGCCAGACGAAGGGGACAGUGCUGGUCAGAUCUUAGAUCAAAGGGGCAGCCCGAAUAAUGAUAACUUUUCAGCUUUUGCAUAGUCAUGGCUUUGCAGGAUAUAAGCUCAGUAAGAAGCUGAUUUAUAUUUUUUCCUAAAUAAGAUCUAAGAUGAAAUGCAGAUUCCCCCCUUUAGUAACAUUAGAGAAAACAGCUUAAACUUUAUCUCUUUAUCAGCUUUGGUUUUUGCCAUGUUAUUAGUCUACAUAUUCAGUCCAACUGAUGUUGGAAUACCUUUCCUUUCUAACAUUUAGCAAAACCACAAAAACUCUUAAUACUGAAUUUUUUAAUCAUGACAUGUAUAAACUGGAUUGUUUAGUUAUUAUAAUAUCUCUAGGCAGCUUAUUUUGCAUCACCUAUUUUUUUAAGUUGAAUAUUUGACAAAGGCACUAAGCCAUUUCACCUGCAUUUCGAGUUCUUAAGUAAGACCUUAAACCCUAGGGUAGAAUGGAUUAUUUACAUGGAUCUAUUCAGAAAUGUUUUAUUUAGUAUUGAUUAUAAAUUUAAGCUUGAUACAAGGUAGUUCUCAACUUA